CUUCAUUGAAAUAAGGAUUCUCUUGGUCCGUAUGCGUUAUGGAAGCGAGGUGAUCGAACCGUCACUGCGAAUUUGCCUAGUGUUCCUAAGCCUGUUAGAACAGCCUCGUGCAUGUAUUCAACCUCAAGACAGCCCUUUUGGGAAGCACACAGGUUAGAGAUAGUUCAAGGAUACUAGUAAGUACGAUAAAGUACGCUAUAGAGCAUAUACUAGAGCUUCAAACUAUUCCAAUGUUUAUGGAGCAUGUAGUCAAAUUGCACCCGCAACUCGAAUCAUUCUUCAUGAACCAUUGGACUCAAAGGGUGGGACAGCUCUCAAAGAUUAGAAACCGUAAACCUAGGCCACCGUAUAAGCUUGGAACGCAACCACCACGAGACUCUCUAAAUAGUCUUGUAUUCGAAGCUCUAGGAUCUACGGAGAACCCUACCAAUUUCGUGUUGUGUUCCAAAGAGAUCAAUACCUUCAAGGAGCACCUAUGGGCGAACAAGAACCUCAUGGGACUUAAUGUAUAGAACGACUCCUUGACUGAUGCCAUGAGUGGAAUUGUUCCGUCCAGUGUGUUUUUGAGCGCAAUUCGUAUAGGAUUUGCGGUGUACCACUACAUGGAUAC